UGCAACUUGCAACAGGAGAAAAUCUUUGAGUAACAACGAACAAAGAACAAAGAUGAGUGCACCGGAGGAUACUAAAAGCUUGAUUCCGACAGUCAGAGAGGUGCAGCAAAUGUUUGCCGAACUCCUAAGUCACGGCGAUGAUAUUACCUGGGAUUUAUUGUCCUCGAAUCAGGCAGAAAUUCUACGGAAAAAGGUCGAAGACUUUGAAGAUCCAGAAGAAAAGAAAACCAAUUUAUCUUAUUUGAUUUAUAAUCCGAAAUUUUUUGAUUCGAUAUGGAAGCAGCGAAAGUUCACCAAUGGCCAAUCCCUUUCUGCCUUAUUUUUUGUGAUGGUUGUGGAUAAUGUCUCUGAUCCAAAACUGGCCGAGCAAAGCAGAUCCUGGUCUAUUCAUCCAGUUUUCCGCUGCCGUCGUUGCGUGGACGACAACACUGGGAGAAACUGUAGCAGCGAGGACUGCUGCAUGGUGUAUAUAAGCCAGUACGAGGCCUUCGAAGACUGGAAUACGUUUGUCAAAUAUACGCGUUUGCCCAAGGGAUAUAUGGUGACUCCGUAUCGGGGGAUCUACAAGCUCAUCGAUGGCCAGGUGGAGCUUGAAGCACAUUAUAUCUGGGAACGUAACAAGAGCAUUUAUGCCACCGGCAAAGAUCGCUGCAUAACGCCUGACUCCUUGGCAGCAGCCCCCAAGUGUCCUAGUCACACUCCUAUAAUAGAUCCAAAAAAUACAUUUUCACUAAUAAGAUCUUUUAUGGUUAGGGAAUGGAAGUUUUGCUCGUGCGACAGAAUACUAUAUCUUCUAUUGAGUCAGCGUGAUGGUGAGAAAUCCUCUGAUGCAAGCGAACUCUCCGAUUCCCUGCUUUUAUUUACUCACACUAUCAACAACCGCCGGCUGGCAUUGGAAAUGAUUAAAGAACAAAAGUAUCACAACAUCCUGGGCCACGAACUUAAAAUGGUUUAUAACCAAAUCUCUGAGGAAGCUAAACGCAUUGAAGGUAAAGUGGAUCUGAUACGCAGCGCCAAUGAAGUGCCUUCUAAAAAAGAACUGGACAUAAUGUUUAGAACUAAAACAAAACUCAAAGGACUGCUCAUAGAUAGAGUACGUAAAGAAGAAAUUAACUUGGAGGACUAUGGUUCUGCUUUCCAGAAACAUAUUUUGAAUAACGAGAGCUUUGACAACCUGAUGUAUAGCAUGUGUGAGAACUUGGAACCGGAAAUGCUGAUGCUGAUCCUAAAGCUCACCCAAACAUUUGUCGAAAAUACCCGGGAGGAGUUGUGGCAGUUGUUGAAAUAUCAUUUCUCCACGGAAACAAUUCUCUAUCAGAUUAUUUUGUGCAUUUUCAAACGUCAUUCCGACUUAAACAUUAAAGAUAUCGAAGAGCAGUCUUCGGAUAUUUUAAGGCGUGUUCGAUAUUAUUUUGCCCAAUCCUGUCCCAAUUCUCCACCAGAUCUUCUGACAAAAUGUACAAAGUGUGUAGGUUACUACCAUAUUUCUAAAAAUUAAAAUC